UGGAGGCAAGUGAAGUGAGAGCAGGGCUGACUGCAGACCCGGCGGAGGCAGGAGUCAACAGACGGCUGCCUGGGGGGCGGAGGGCUUUGGUGGCGCCCCCUUCUUUGGCCAAUGCCCGCAGGCGGCUCUGCCAGAAUAGGAGGAGGAACGGUACAGGCAGCACUUCACUCUUAUUCCCGCGGCGCGUGCGCAGUCACGAAGGACGCUCAUACAACGCGCCAACGAACCAAUCCACACCCAUCCGCGGCUGUCAGAUGCUGGCCAAUCAAAAGCUUCGUCCUCGAACCCCACCUCUCCCGCGCGCUCUCCUGCACGCUUGCCGCGCCCUUCCUAGUUCAGCCAAUGAACAAAGAAGCUAUUAGGCCAAUAGGGUGCUGAGAUGGUACUUUUCCUAGUUACUCUACCUGAAUUGGACCAAUCAGGGAGGAGCGCGCGGUGCUCAGAGCCCGGGUAGCUGUUGCUAGAGGUGGCCAUGCAAAUCUCCGACUUCGGCUGUGGACUGGUCUGUGGCGGUGUCACCCCCACAUCCCCACCCCUCUGGUAAGGAACCAGGCAAGACAAGAACUGGGCUCCAGAACCUCGGUCCUAAGACUUCUAUACGCGCUGCCAAGGAGAUGGGAGUUCUAGAGCCUACCACGUCGAUCUAGAUUAUCAAGUUCUUAAACUACGUUGCCAAGGAAACCGAAGGGGUUCCAGGCAGCUUCCUAAGCAGAACGGUGACUAUAUACCUGGUUGCUAGGGAAGCCUCCGAUGACACACACACAGGGUUCCAGAUCUCACCAAACAGGAUCUCACUAAUUGAUCUGGAACGGAAUUACUGAAAGAGUCUUCGGCAGCACUGGGAAGAGAAACCGAUUUCCUGGGAAUCCAGAAUCUGCAUUUUUACUGUCAAGGAUUAGACGGAUAAAGGUCUAGAGUCUCUGCACUGAUUGCAGGCACAGGAGGUGCAAGAGGUAUUAUAAGACAAGGGGUAUUUCUUCUGGAGCAUCAUUGCACUGGUGGUAGCAGAACGGGUCUUGAAGGCAUCCAGGGGUAACUUUCAAAAGGAUGUUGCCGGUUUAUACAGGGUCUUGAGCCAGUUUGCACUAGAAGGAGCUAUUUGGCAAAUUGCACCUGAACUGCACCUAAACCUGCAUUUUGUGGACAAGUAGCAGGUUUGGGAGUUGAUAAGAAACUGGUUGUGGGAUUUAGGAAAAUACUUCUUCUGUGCAAUAAGCAGAUCAGAUAGUGAUUAAUGUCAAUGAGUGGCACUGAUGAAACUCUCCCAUCCCAGUGGUUCAGACAGUCGAAAUGGUCACUGCUGAGCUUGAAUUGAGUGGCACCCAGUUAGCCAGUCUUUCCCUGUAGCAACCUGAAUUUGCACUGCUGACCAUUUUUCCUUGCACCUAAUGCUGCUAUAUAGUCAACAAGUGAAUUGUGCAAGGUUGAAGAAAUUAACUCCCUCAAAGAAAAUUGGCAUUAUUAUAGCUGAAAGUGGAUUUUGAGACUUGCAGUGGAGUGAAUGAAAUCUACAAGAUCUCCUGUCACUUCAGUAUUUUAUUACUACCACUAGACUCCCAUUCCAAUCUAUUAGAACUCUGUUCCAGCCACCCUCCUGCGUGACUUCAGAAGUCCUGACAGCCAUCCCCUCCUGGGCUUGUGAAAAACAGAGGGAGCUAGCGAUGCUUUCUGAAACCCUGCCCUGCUUCCAGCUACUCCGGAUGGGCCCAGCUUUGCCUGGAGGUUCACCCAACCAGGACCUCUACACCUUCCGCCCCGCCAAGCCCAGCUGUACCUAUCGGUUGGGGCGCAGAGCCGAGAUCUGCGAUAUUGUUCUAGUGUCUGAGCAGAAUCCGGCCUUGAUCUCACGGAUCCACGCAGAAAUACAUGCAAAGAGGGAUGCUGACAGCACAGCUGGGGAGUGGCAAGUUGGUCUGGUGGAUUACAGCACUCAUGGUACUUAUGUCAAUGCCAUCCGCAUACCCCAUGGUCAGCAGGUGGACCUGAAUGAUGGAGAUCUUCUGACCUUUGGCUAUCCCAAUCCAGUCCCCGAGGGCUGUGCCCUGCCACCGCCUCAUGGCAACUCCGAGUUCUACUUCCUCUUCCAGAAGGUCCAAGUGCGGCCCCAGGACUUUGCUGCUAUCACCGAACCAAAAGCCCCUGGAGCUUUCUCCUGUGGCUUCCGGCCAGUGCUACCUUCCGGCAACCACCGUAUCCGCCCGCUAUCCCGUCACUCGCGCACCUCCCUUUCCUGCCGCUCCAAGGCCACCCUCAUCCUUAGCUCCAUCGGCAGUCUCAGCAAACUCAAGCCGCAGCCAUUCACCUUCUCACUGGGACGGGGCCGAUGUACGGAGCCGCCCAUCCAGCCAAGAACCUCCCGGAAUCGCCGCAAGUCUGCUCACACGCUGCUGCCGGAAUUGGACGAUGAAAUCACACGGCUUGAAGAGGAAGAGCCACCACCAGAAAAGGAGCAGCGAUUGGAUACGUAUGUACAUUGCCACAACCCCCUGCGACUCCAGCAGAGAGUGCAAGAGGGAAGCAAGAACCUUCAAGAGGCUAUGGGACCAAAGCUUCAUGUCACACCCAGUGGGAAACGGCGUGGUCGGCCACGGAAGAACCCCCUGGAGGGCACUUGCCAGGUUUUCUCGCAGACCCUGUCUGCCUCAGAGCCCUGUGCAGCUACCCGGUGCUGCCUCCCCCAGGAUGAAAUCGUGGAGUGGGUCCAGUGUGACAGCUGCGAUGCCUGGUUCCACGUGGCCUGCGUGGGCUGCAGCUACAGCGCUGUACAAGAGGCUGACUUCCGCUGUGUCACCUGCCGCUCCUAAUGGGUGUGAGGGAGGCACAGCCCAGAACACACAGGAGGCAUUCGCAGGGAACCCAAGCAUGUGUGUACUUUGAUCAAAGUGGGUGUGUGAAUACAGACUAGGGAAAAUUUGCACAAGGGGUAUGUUUUCAGGGGAAACCAAAAGUGAGCCUGUACAGAAGCCUGGUGAAAAUAACACCCACUUCAGACCAUGGAAGUCUCUCCAGGAGGAAUUGGGAGAGCAUUUGUUGAAUCCCAGCAAUCUGGGUCUCUUCUGCCUCUCAUUCUUCCUUCCUUCUGCAGAGAAGUCACAUUUCCCAACCAGGGCAAGAGACUGGAAGAGGCUAGCUCAAAUACAGAGCUGCUUGCCCGGACAAUCUACGCAAGUGAACAGCUCCAUACUUUUCAAGGCUUUCACUCCUCAGAACCUGCAGGACAUAUGUAGGUAAAAACACACCUGGACAGAGACAGGUGUGCUCUCAGAAGAAUAGCAAAACCAAGUGAGAGCUCAUGACAAUGUAAACAAACAGCUGGGAUUGGUCCAACUGUGCAAGUUUUCCAGCUAUACAAGUGGCUGCUGAAAAAUUCCUGCGCUCUGCUUGUUACACUGGAAUAGCAGCCGUGUUCUCUGGCCAACCUCCUACCUUUACAGGCUGGUUUACAUUUCUCCAAAUGCCACAUGCCAUGAGAAGAGCUAAGUGCCUGAGAGCACAAUCUAUCGCCACUCUACAACAUGCUCCAAACCCAAAUCUCAUUGGACUUCUCAAGAAGAAAUUAAUGUUGCAACAAUGUUGCGAACCAUGUGCACUGUUGAAAUGCUUGGAAAGGGACUCCUGUGCUCUCAGGUCUUUUUACAAAGAGACAAGUAGAAGGUUAAGAUGUGAAGGUGAGGAAAGGGUUGGGAAUCUUAAACCAUGCUAGAUAUUAGCAAAGUAGCCAUGAUUGGGGUUCAUGUUGACAUUGCCCAUUUACAUAUAAAGGAGGGAGCAUGUGCUGAGUUUUCAGGAGAGUGGGGGUAAGGCCCCCUGAACCCUACACCACUUCACCUCUAAUUGUUCCAGCCACUUUUCUUGUGGCCUAGCAGCAGUACCACUAGGCUGCAAGAAAAGCAACAGGUUCACCUCCCCUCACCUACAUGCCCUGCAUAGGAAGUUUUUUUUUAAAAAAAUCAGGGCUGCAGCUUUGACAGGGAAGGCACAUGCGCAACCAACAUGGCUGACUUUAUCACAUCAAACCUGGCCCAUAAGCUGUUGCAGUAAAAAAAUAGAAGCAAACCAGCAACACUGUGGCACUUUAAAGCCCAACAACUUUAUUGUGGUAUUGGCAUUUGUGGGUCAGAGCCCACGUCAGAGAGAUACAUUGAUUGUCCUCUUCAGUUGGUAGUUAUCAAAGACACAGGGGGAGACAUUCACAAAACUGGGGGGGGGGAUGACAUGAUUAAAAAUGGGGAGAUGGCUCUGUGGCAGGCCCAUACUGAGCCCACAUCUACUUACAGUAAGGACAGAGGCUCCUAUGGAAAACUGCAGAAGCACCAUUUACAUUACAGCCUGUUCUAAAGGGGCUGCCUUCAGUAUCUGCAGCAGCCCUGAGGCACAACAUUACAGUUCUGUAAUGUCAGCUGGUAUGUAUGCCCCCCACACCCAUGGAUUGUUGCAUUCAAGGAUUUCAUUUUAUUUUUUGCUAAAACCAAAUUGUCUCUUCAGAUAAAAAGAUACUCCUAACUAAUUUCUAACACAGACCCUUUUUUGGUCUGGUGGUCACACUACUGGCAACAGACUCACAAGUGUCUGUAUAUUCAUGCACACAAAAGCAUGUGCAGAAACUUCUGUGUUAACUCCUUGCACGUGUGUGUGCUUCCCUUCACUGAGGAGCAAACAAGGCUACAGGAGAGAAACCUCUCUCUUUGCUCAGGCAGGUCAAAGCAUUUCUGGAAAAGAAGACACCUUGCAUCUUCUCCCUGUGCUGCAUCUCCUUCCGUGGUAGGGGAGAAAACUCAGAAGCUUCAGAAGAGAAGAUCAUCUUUGGGAUAGAGUGAUCCCUGCAGCUUGUGACCUCCAAGCAGCUCCCCCAGCCCCUUGGGAGUCCCACUCUCUUGGCUAGGGCCACAGCAUUGCAAUUAGGCCAUAAACAGAGUAGGGAAAGCCACCGUGGCUAUUGCAAGGGCUGCACUGAAGAGGGAAAAGGUGCCUCCACAUUCCAAGAUAGUGUCAAGGAUGCAUUUUGGAAAAACUGCUUCACUGUUCUACUGUUUGUCCUUCUGCGUGCCUUUAAAGGAAGAACUCUGAGUAACACAAGAGAAUGCUUACCCUCUAGUGCCCCGCAGCUAGAAUUACACUUUGCUGAGAAAUACAACUUCUAAAAUGCUAAAUCAAAAAUAAGCUAUAUGUAUAGGUCUACAGGGAGCUUUCUGCAACUAAAAGGACAAGGAGCAUAACCAAAGACUCCUGUAGUUGAGGGAAGAUAAGACAGGAUUUAUUCCUGCUAACAUGUUUGGUCAGGUUUUAUCUUCAGGAAGGAAGGGGCUUAUCUGCCCUCUGCUAGGGCAUCUCUUGUUUUGCAGCAUCUACAGUACAGUUACAAUUACUGAAAUAAACCAAACUGCAAACUCAA